AUCUCUCUCUCUCUCUUCCUAAUGGCGGAAACUGCUCAAGUAGAAACCAGGAAGAAGCAGCAGCAAGUGGAGGGGGAGGAAUUGGUGUCUGGAGACGACACAGAUGAUGGUGAAGAUGAAAGAGUUCUGCCCACUUGGGAGAAGAGCAAGAAGAGGAAGAGAUACAUGGAAGAAGAGAGGUCUGAGCUUCUUAAGGAUCCUCUGGUGGUGUUUGGACGGGAUAUCAUGUUGAUGAUACUGAGUCGUCUCGAUGCACGGAGCGUGGCACUUUCACUUCUUGUCUCUCGUGGUUGGCAUGCAGUUUCUUCCAGCGACAGGCUCUGGAGGAGCAAGUUGAAGGAGUUGUGGCUGGGAAAAGCACACAUACCUCGUCCAUCACAAGUACGGGGAAUAUCAAAGUUGGCUGCUUAUUCACAUUCUGUCUUGGAUGCCAAACGUACCCGCAUCAUGAAAGAGGACCUCUGCGAUCAUGUCUGGGAAUUCCGUUUUACAAAGGCAGCUCCUGAAUAUUGGCGGAAUCUGGAUCCUUCUUGGAUAGGUACAGGCCCUUCUAUGCGCCGCUACUUCCACACAAAUGGUACCCAAACUGCAGAUUCUGGUGACCAGGUGUGGGGUGGUCAUGAAUGCACUUAUUCAAUUGUUACCAGUUUUGUGGAGGAGGGAAGGAUCAGAGAACAUUAUGUGAGGAUAAAUAGAUGGCCUCGAAUGUCUGUGUCAAGGAACCAGGACUGGAGUUGGGAACUGGGUAACCACUUGUACUGUUACUCUAGCAUUCCUGACUCUGAUAAGAAGGGUGGCAGUGGACCAUUGUUUCCAGUGUGUAAUCAGUAAAGAUGCAAUCGAUGAAGUGGAUGGAUUAAAUGAAAUUCUUCAACAGGUGAAGACAAAUCCAUGAAGGGAGCGGAGACCCA